AUGGAAAAAGUAAAAUGUAUAUUGACCAAGACAUUGGGUGAAAAAGCUGCGACGGAUUUUAUAAAAGCUUGCAUGGAAGUUUAUGAUACUCAAAUGAUAAAAAGACGUGUAUCUACUCUACUAGAUACUCGUAAAAUGGAAAAUCGUCAGGUUUAUGAAAUUCUGAUACGAGAGAAGAUACGAAGAAGUGGAUUUACUGGGGAGGGUUAUCGUAAAUCUAAUUGUAGUUCAGGUGUUUUAAAUAAUAUAUCAACAUCUUCCGACGGGAUUUCAAAUUCAGAAAAGAUUGAUGUAGAGCAGUCAUCAUCACAAACUACUAAAAAUAAAAAAAACCCAAGUUCUAUCCAUUAUUUUUGUUUGGCAACUAAGCAUCAGUUAGUCAAUAAUUGCUUAAAUUGUGGUCGUAUAGUCUGUGCACAGGAAGGUUCAGGUCCAUGUUAUUAUUGUGGAAGUCUUGUUUGUACAAUAGACGAGGAAUACCAAUUAUCACUAGGGUCUGCUAAACACAGUCAGAAACUACACAAUAAACUAUCGCAAGCAGCAUGGGCACCUGGCACUGAAACUCCAUAUUAUCAACUUAUUCGUCGAGCUCAGAAAUCAAAACAAGAAUCAACUAGUGAAAUAAUCUCUACUGAGUCUAAUUCAAAUAAUGGACUAGAAAGUGAUAGUGAUGACAAUGACCUAAUAAAAAAGUCAGCCCAGGGAGCUCAAAUUCGUUUGGAACAAGGUUUAAUCAAUGCAUUAUGUAAACGUGAUAAACUUUUGGAGUUCGAUACUACCUGUGCUAGACGAACUAGAGUUAUUGAUGAUGAAUUAGAUUAUUUCGCAACAGAGGGUGGCGUUGGAUCAGCUGCAUGGUUAAGUCCUGAAGUUCGUGAGAAGAUAGCUCAACGCGUAAUUGAAUUACGAGCCCAAAGGCAUUCACAUCGUCUACAGUCUGCACGUAUGUGUAUUGACCUAGACAAAUGCGAUGUUAUAAAAGAGGAUACAAGAGAUGAAGCAGCUGGGAAAUUGUACAAUCCAAAUCAAGAAGAAAUGGAUGAACUUUGUAAAUCUUCAACUAUUUCAAAUGUUAAUCAGUCUUCCGGAGAUAGUCAAAAAACUGUUAACUCAAAUAAUGGUGAAAUAACCCUGCCUACUUUUAUACCUCAAUCUAUGGAUAGCAAAAACUAUGGUGAUCAAAAUCCUGUCAUUGUGGCAUUAAAUCAAUCAACCUCUCUUUUACGAAUACAAGAUGAUGAGUCAAGACAACUUGUCGAUGAAGGUUAUUGUUUAAGCCUUCAUCAACCUUGGGCUUCACUAUUAGUACGUGGAAUCAAGUCGGAAGAAGGUAGAACAUGGUAUACUCCGUAUCGUGGAUGUCUGUGGAUAGCAUCGACAGCAAAUAAAACUGAUCCAGAGGAAAUCACUGAAAUCGAGAAUAAAUAUUUAAAGGCUGGUGUCCCCAAAUCAGAUAUGCCAACAUCAUAUCCUACUAGUUGUCUUCUUGGUCGAGUUAAUAUUGUAAAUGUGAUAACACAAGAAGAAUAUCGUGAAAAACAACCUGAUGGACCAUCACAAAGUCCGUAUGUAUUCAUUUGCGCUGAUCCACGUGAAACUUUAAUUAAAUUCCCUAUACGUGGGAAGCACAAAAUAUACGUCUCAUCUGACAGUACUUUAAUUAGUCGCGGAGGUGACCCUGACGUUAAAAGAAGCGCCGUAUGUGCUUAAGAGAACGAACAUGUUUUCAGCUGUAGAGAAACAGAUAAUGAUCUCGGUAUGUAUAAUUAGUCUCAAUAACACCAGAACAAAUAUUGAUGCAGAAUAAUGUGAAUUCAUUAUAAUUCGUGGAUUCAUGGAAUCGAAAAGUAAUAUGGUGGGUUACGUAAUAUUUAACUUUGAUUUUUCAUAUUAAGUUACCGAUUUCUUAAACCACAAUGUCACUCACACCCCCGCUCACUUGAUACUCUUCAAUUAUGGGAACUCUUCAAAUUCUAUUCAAUUAUUA